AAAAAAAUCGCCAUUGUUGUUGCUCACUACACUGGAGAGGAGAGAGCUCCGAGGAGGAGGAGGAGGAACCCUAACCCUAACCGUAAACGAUCCAGCGAACGACUACGGCUGCGGCGAUGGCUCCGCCGUCGCACGACCUCCGCCGCGCCUACAAGCGCCCCGCGAUCUCCGACCAGCAGCGGCGCCGCGAGCUCGCGCUUCUCCGCCAGUCGCAGCACCGCGCCGACUCCCACCACCGCGCGCGGCAACUCGCCUCCUCCCUCCUCCCCUCCUCUGAAGGCCCUCUCCGAACCGAGCAGGAGAUCGAACCGGAGGUUGAGCCGGGGACCGAGCCGGAGGUCGAACCCGAGGCUAGGGUUUUGGACGCGCCCCGCGCCGCGAAGCUCGGGGGCGCCGAGGCGCGGCGGUGGUUCGCGCGCCAGAUCAUGCUCCCGGAGUGGAUGAUCGACGCCCCUCCGGACCUCGAUCGCAAUUGGUACGUCUUUCCGAGGCCUGCCGGGAAACGGUGUUUUGUGGUUUCUUCUAAUGGUACAACAGUGAGUAGGCUUCGUAAUGGCUCGGUUCUACACCAUUUUCCAUCUUCCUUGCCUAACGGAGCUAGAACAAAAGACAAGUCGGGACCAUCAAGCUCCUACUCUAUUCUUGACUGCAUAUUUCAUGAGCCUGACCAAACAUACUAUGUCAUUGACAUGGUUUGCUGGCGAGGAUACUCAUUGUACGACUGCAGUGCGGAGUUCAGGUUCUUUUGGUUGAAUUCUAAGCUUACUGAAACUGGAGCUUGCAAUCCUCCAUCAACAUAUCAUAAGUACAGGUUCAGCAUUGUCCCAAUAUAUGAAUGCACUGAACAGGGUCUACAUGCAGCGUAUUCGGGCGUUGUGCCUUAUGUCAAGGAUGGGCUUCUAUUCUACAACAAGCAAGCACAUUACCAAACUGGGAACACGCCUUUAGCAUUAGUAUGGAAAGAUGGAGCUUGUAGCCAGUAUCUUCUUGAUACCGACAGCAAAGGACAAGUUCCAAGCCAGCAGCAGGUUGUCUUGGAGUUGCAAGAGGAUGGGAAAUUAACUACUUCUGAUGAUCCCCCUCAUGUCUUUGGUUGCUUCGAUCGAGACUUUAUUCAGAAGUCGGGUUUACGCCCAGGAAAUCUUCUCCGAUUUGCUAUUAGAGAUGAAAGUGUGAGGCUUGUUGAUGGAAAGAUGGAGAUCAGUGACCUCCAGUUUGUAGGAAGGUCUAAUCGUGCACGCGCUUUUGCCGACAGCCACUCCAAGGUUUUGUUCCAGUAUGCUGCUCGUCAUUCUCCUCUGCGAAUCGAGGAUUUAUUUGCAUGCAUCCGAUCAAGCCCUACCGACGAAGAUGGAUCUAACGAUAUCGAAAUGGCAGGUUGACCAGCUAAAAUGUAAUAAUGACAUUGGUCUUUUUUUUUUUUUUUUGGUUUCUCUCUUCAAGGGUACAAUCGUCGUUACAGUGGCUCGAGAUGGAAAUGUAUUCUUAGGAACAAGUUAUUGGUAAAUUAUGUUGUUGUUGAUGCCAAUACUAAUCGGUCCUUGUGUAUACGCCACAACAUAUAUUUUGAGUUUGUAGAAAUUUUGUCAUUGAAGUUUCACCUUGAUUUCAA